AUGAUACUCAAAAAUCACACCAUUGUGGAAUACUUCAUCAUUAAGGGAAUUUCAGAUGUUCCAGAGCUGCAGACUUCAAUCUUCAUUUUAGUUCUUCUUAUAUAUCUCCUAACACUUGGCGGUAACAUGAUCAUACUUCUUCUGGUCUGCCUGGAUCAUAAGCUUCACACUCCUAUGUACUUCUUUUUGGCAAACUUGUCUGUUUUGGAUACGUUCUCCACCACUGUUACUCUUCACAAUAUUCUUGCCACUUUUAUAACAGGGGACAACACCAUAUCAUACGCUGGUUGUAUUUGUGAGAUGUACUUUUUUGGAUUUCUGAUAUGUGAUGAGCUCCUGUUUCUGACUGCUAUGAGCUACGAUCGCUAUGUUGCCAUCUGCAAUCCUUUGACAUAUCACAUGGUCAUGAACUACAGACUCUGCAUUGUACUUGCAAUUUCUUGUUGGCUCUUGGGCAUGCUAGAAGUGAUACCCUACAUUAUUUUGCUUUUGGGCUUUACAUGUUACAAAUCAAAUGUAAUAAAUCACUUUUUCUGUGAUCUUGUGCCUCUCAUGAUACUGUCCUGCAGUGACACAUCAACCUUGGAGAUCUUAAGCUUGACAGAAGGUCUUCUUCUCAUAACAUUCACCCCCUUUCUUCUAAAGUUCAUAUCUUACAUCUUCAUCAUUUCCACCAUACUGAAGAUCCAUUCCAGCACUGGAAGACGUAAAGCCUUCUACACCUGCUCCUCACACCUCACAGUGGUCAUACUUCUUUACUCAACCCUCUUCUUCCAGUACUUGAGGCCUACAUCAUUAGAUACUUCAAAGUCAAACAAGUUCUUCUCCCUCUUUAACACAGCCGCCAUCCCUGUCUUAAAUCCCCUUAUCUACAGCUUAAAAAAUAAAGACGUUAAGUCCGCAAUGAUACGAAAAUUAAGAUUACUUAAAUGUUCUAGGACAUUGACAUAA